AUGCAGAGAGAAGGGGAGUGCAUGUGGGACGAUGCCACGAUUGCCAGCAGUGGUUUCGUCAGUUACUCUGAACCCAUCGAGAACGCUAUCGGGACUGCUCGUCAGCCCACUAGUCCUUGGCGUCGUCGUGCAGAGGUACUACAGGACUCCCGGCGGGUCGCUCUUUCACGUGGCCUCGCGUGGGAAGAGAACCUCGGAGAGAUUGACGACUAUGUUUUUGAAGAGGAGGUGGAUGAUGAGGCUACCGGUCCUCCUAAAAUCAGUGGAAGUCCACUCAACUUUGGUCCUUCAUCGGCCCAGAUCAAAUCCCAGGAGUUAGCCCAGCAGUUGCAGAACCUCCAAAUCAAAAAACCCUCCGCUUUCCGCAUUCAACAGCCCUCGUACGUUUGUUCUUAUUUCGCGUUGCUUGUUUUUACAUUUAAGCGUUUCCUGUCGCUAUCAUUCCAAAUUUUGUGUAGUACGUCGAGUUUUUGA